CAAUAUAAUUUUUCUUAAAGGCAAAGAAAAGGAAAUCAGAGAGUUUUGCCUGUUGGAUUGAAGUCACGACUCACGAGUACAACCUCAACGCAGAUUAAAAUCAGAUCCAAAGUUGUCGGCAACCUGAAGUAGAAGGCGGUCUUUCGUGAUCUGACAAUAUGAGCGAGGAAGACAAAAACAGAGUCGUCCCCGCCGAGCAUCAUCACGUUCAGCAUCAGCAAUUUGAGCCUCAGUAUGGCACCUUCCAAGGCGUCCCUACCUAUCCUCCUCCGCAGCCGCCGGUCAUCGGCUUGCCUCAGCCUGUACCUCCGCCCGGAUCCGUCCAACCAUCAGCUCCCCCGGCCGGUCCUCCUCAGUACUAUGCUCAAGCGUAUCAAACCGUUCCAGGUUAUGCAGUUGCUGAGGGAAGAUUAGUGAGAGAGCGUCGCCUUCCUUGCUGUGGUAUUGGUUGUGGCUGGUUCCUGUUUAUUAUUGGUUUCUUCCUUGCUGCCAUCCCCUGGUAUGUUGGCGCACUUGUUCUACUUUGUUCCAGGUUUGAUUACCGUGAGAAACCUGGAUAUAUUGCUUGCACAGUUGCUGCUGUUCUUGCUACCCUUGCUAUUAUUCUUGGUGUGACAAAAGGAGCUGAUGACUGGUGAUAUUGGGGAAUGAAGAGCUGUAUAGGUAGCAAAGGGGAUGUAUGCACUUGAUGCUAUUUCUGAUAUUUUACUUUCUGUAUUAAUAUGGUUAAAAAAUUUAGUAUGAAACUUGUGAAAAUAAUUAUAUAAAAAAGAGCUUGAUGGUUUGUGAAUGAGCCCAGAGGUAUGAAUGGCUCACUGCACUAAAUUUUUACUAAAGAUCAAUGCUGUUCUUGGGGGGACAAAUUUGGGUCAAAUACAGACAUGAACCUCUGAAGAUGUAUCUGUUUUAUUUCUAUGAAUUUUCUCCAUUAUUAUACCACAA